AUGGCAAUACGCAGAGUUAAUGGAGUUGUUUUGUCUCGCUCGUUCUUCCCUCUCCUGUCUAUUAUCACCGUAUUGGGUCUACUGUUUUCCUGGAUACUUGCAAUAGUGAACAAAAUCGUCCCAGAUCCUUACAUGGACGAGAUUUUCCACGUUCCUCAAGCUCAAAAAUACUGCAAUGGUCGCUUUGACGAAUGGGAUCCCAAGAUCACGACAUUCCCAGGGCUUUAUUUGGUGUUGGUGCUGUACGCUAACGUGGCCUCCUGGACCAAUGUGGCUGAUUUCUGCUCCGUGUCGGUGCUGCGUAGUGUAAAUGUGGUGUUUACAUUAGGCAAUGUGCUGUUGUGUGUGCUGCUGAGACACCACGUGAGUCCGCAGGAUCCCAAUGCUCUGCUCCAUGCACUGCGCAUUGCAAUGUUUCCGCCGCUAUUCUUCUUUACUUUUCUAUUCUACACGGAUAGCGGAGCAACUUUUUUUGUGCUGUUCAUGGUGUUACUGGCGGAAAGAGUGGAUUUGUUGCAGUACUCACCGGCAAAAGGCAGCUUUUUGCUCAGUGCUAUGAGUGGUGCAUUAGCGGUGCUUUUUCGCCAGACAAAUAUUGUCUGGGUAGUUUUUGUGGCCGGCACGGUCGUCGUUCGAUGCGUGGAGCUUGGCCACUCAAAAUUCAUCUAUGGGUCGUUGUUGAAAAAGCAGACAAGCUACUGUGGUGCUUUAUCUGCCACGCACAGCUCUACAAGGGUCUUCCUAAACUUCAUCAGCGUCGUUGUGUCCAAUCUCCCGUCCAUUCUCCAUAUUGUCUGGCCAUUCGUUGUGAUUGUGGCGGGCUUCAUCUGUUUCCUCUUGAUAAAUGGCGGCAGCAUCGUUGUGGGAGACAGAUCGAAUCAUGAAGUGACUUUCCACGGAGCCCAGGUGCUAUACUUCAUUGUAGUGGCAGCUUCCGGCUUCGGGCUUAGUCUUGUUGCGCCUACCCAGCUAUUGACGUUUGCAGGAUCGGUGCGCAGAAACGCUAGUUCGAUUCGAGGCUUGCUUUUUAUGAUGUUCCUGGUUGCAGCGACUGUCGGAAUCAUUUUUCGCUUCAGUCCCGUGCACAAGUUCAUGCUGGCAGACAACAGGCAUUACACUUUCUAUGUAUGGAGGAAGUUCUUUCUGAAGCACGACUUGGCCAAAUUCUUGCCUGCUCCGUUAUACUUGUUUUUUGGAUGGUACUGCUGGAAUGAACUAGGAAGAAGGCGCUCACCGCUGUGGAAACUUGUUUUCACACUUGCAGUGUGCUUGGUCCUCAUUCCAUCACCGCUUGUCGAACUGCGAUAUUAUUGUGUUCCUUUUGCAAUCCUCCACUUAAACACCAGCAACCAAUCUGCCUUCCAUCUGUGGACAGUGGUCGCUGUGUAUGUGGUCGUUAAUGCGCUGACGCUAUACAUUUAUCUUUAUCACCCUUAUAGCUGGGUUGAUGGAUCCACUGCUCGAUUCAUGUGGUAA